CUAAAGAGAUUCGGCAUUUCCUUCAUAUCUUUGGAUCUUCAGGGAGAGUCCGGUAUCACCUGAGAGUAGAUCUCCUGUAACUCGGCUCCAUUAUACUUACAGUAGGAUUCGGUAUCCAUCAUUAGCCCCCCCACAAGUGAGCUGAAGUAGUUUGGCAUUUAUGCCUUAGUGGAUUUUAGCUCUUUUGGAGCUGAGUUCUUUUAUACGGGCGAGUCGUUUUGUAUUCCGGGCGAGUCGUUUCAUAUGUUUGUGGGUGACGUUUCUUCUUCAGUAAGAUUCUGUGUUGCCACGUGUCGGCAUUUGAUGAUUCAACGGUUAAUGAUUCAAAAACCUUUUGUAUUUAAUCUCUUUGCAUUUCUUCUCUUCCCUCUUACUUACUUUUCGAAUUUACUCUUAUUUCUUGCAGCUAUUUCCUUUUCGCUCUUUGUUUGAUUAUUUGAUUCUUCGUGACUUGUUUCCUCCAGAUUUUUCAGGAUGCCUCUUAGUCGAGUGGAAGAUGCAUGCGCUGCUAUGGCUUUUACCCGAUCAAAGCUUCGUAGGGAUGAAGUCUUAGAUAUCUAUUUUAAGUAUAGCUUUCCUUUUGAUUAUAGGGUAAUAUUACCCGGUGCCGAUAUGGCUGCGUCCGAUUCUCCAGGAUCUUCUUGUAGGGCGGUUCUCUUCGAAGAGCAAUUUUCUGCUGGUCUUAGGUUUCCUUUAGAUUCAUUUUUAGUAGAAGUGUGUAGGGAUUUAAAGGUUGCUCUGGGGCAACUUUACCCUGGUACGAUUAAAGUAGUGCUCGCCUUUUCGGAGGCAUGUAGGCUCCGGGGCUGUGCCCCUUCUCUCAAAGUGUUAUAUCAUUUUGUAGACUUUAGGAAGUGUGAUGGUUGCUUCGUUUUCGCCCUUGGCAGGGAAGGGCGAUCUCGUAUUUAUCUUCCUUGCCUAACCAGUCGCUGGCGAAGGCGUUUCUUUAUUGUUUACCAUAAAUUUGCUUUUCUUCAUUUUUCGGAUGGUUUUUCUUCUCAUCAAGUUCGGAGCUGUCCGUCUCCUUUAAGUUUAUCCGAGUCAAAACUUGCUUUUGACAUAUCUUCCUGUAGUAUUGUAUCGCGUCCCAUUCUAGAUGUCUUGGUCAAUAGUCAUCUUCGGAGUCGAUGGUUUCCUUUGGAGGAUCCUCCUCGAGGCUUGGCAGAUCUUUGCUACUCUUUUGUUCAAGGUAUAUUAAUUUGCUUAAGUUCUUUUUAAUGUUUCUUUUGUAGGAUGUCUUCUUCUUCUGACGAUUUCCUUUCCGGAUUUCAAGUAGAUUUGGACGUUCCGAUGGGUGGUCCUGACGUUCCU